AUGGAUCUGAGUGAGGACGACUUCCAGGUCGACUUGCGAGACCUUAUCUCCCAGCUGCCAAUUAAGAAGACUACCACUCGAGAACCGCCACCGGCUGUGCUGGGAGUUCACUUACGAGUACCUGACCUCGGUCCCCCAAGUCGAGUGGGGCUCUCUGAAGAGCUAUUCCAAGUGACACGCAAUCUACGCAAAAUGGACAGAAUUCUCUCGACCCCAGUCACUUACAGACGGACCCCUCGCCCUACUCGACUUAAUAAUGAUAAGGUGAAUCGGUUUAUAUCUACUUUGCGCCAAAGCAACCCCGAUUUCGCUCUUGACGAUCAAUUGCGUGGGCGCUACUAUGGGCGCAACGGGGAUACCAUGCCACCUCCGCCGGGACAGCUGACGGCGAACAUGCUGUCAUCAUUAGAUUCCCAGCUUGAAUCAUUUCUCGAUAAAGAAAACAUUUUCCCAGAACCGACGAAAAAGCUUUCCAAAAAGCAAAACCAGCAGCUGUCAUCUAACGCAUUAAUCCUUGGCCGGGUCGAUCUCAACUCAGGCAAGAGGAAACGGGGUCUGCGGACAAUGUCACUAUCGCCCCCUCUUCAACGUCUGCCGACUCCCUACAGUGACCAAGAAGACGCCAUUGAAUUUGCUCAGAGACUGCCGAAACGGCGAUGUGUGCCUCAGCACAGGUUUGUCCGCCCGCAAAGGCUGCUGUUGGUGUCGGGACGGCGACAUGGUAUCUACAUUGUGGACUCGCUGACCGGCAGUCUUGAUGAAGCCACGUCAUACGCCACCGAGCUCAAUCUGCUGGCACCCGGAGAAUUCCAGUAUCCCGAUAACCCCAACGAGAUUGUCCAUAUUCCCACCGAGUCACUUCCUAAGAAAAUGGCCAUUAUUCGCAUGGUGGAGACUAAAUCAAACCCAUCGGAAGCCACUACUCGAGUGAAAAAGAAGGUUCAAUGGAAAGAGGACCUCAAGGAUUAA